AAAACACUUCCGCCAAAUUUCAAAAUUUUAAUAUUUUACAAAAUAAAGUAAUAUCUGGUUGAUUUGGGGUGGUGGACAACAUGUCUAGUGCUUGAAAUUAUAACUGACUAAUGUAGGAUGUCGUGCCGUGUCAUACUUCGCUCGUUAAAGUUGCAAUGUUAUCCAAAAUUGAAAGGCAUUCUCAGAACACAUGGACAGGUAGCCAGGCAUAUUCAAGCCAGGUGUAUUCAUGGUAAGAAGUCUGGAGAGACAGAGCUGUUAAAGAGCAUUGUGAAGAGAAUUAAACUCAAUGGGCCACUCUCUGUUGCAGACUACAUGAGAGAAGUACUGGUGAAUCCCGCAGCUGGUUACUAUAUGCACAGAGAUGUAUUUGGUAAAGAGGGCGACUUCAUCACCUCACCUGAAAUAAGCCAGAUCUUUGGUGAGUUGCUUGGUGUAUGGUGUGUGAAUGAGUGGCUACAUGCAGGCAAACCUGACCCCAUACAGGUGGUGGAGUUGGGUCCUGGUAGAGGAACAUUGGCUGAUGACAUGCUCAGGGUAUUCAGUCAGUUCCCAGAGAUCAAGGAGAAAGUGUCAUUCCACUUUGUAGAGGUCUCUCCCACACUCAGUGAUAUGCAGAUGGAAAAACUCUCAGGUAAGAAGCCAGAAUCAGGUGCCCGCAGUAUGAUUGACCAUUGUUAUAAACAAUGUAAGAGCAAACAUGGCCCCCUGGUGUCUUGGUACACGCACCUAGAGUAUGUACCACAUGGCUUCUCGUUCUACCUCGCACAUGAAUUCUUUGAUGCUCUUCCUAUUUAUAAGUUUAAGCAUACAGACAAGGGAUGGUGUGAGGUGCUUAUAGAUAUUGAUGAAGAAGAUGGGCCACAUCAUUUACGUUUUGUUGUUUCACGUGGACCUACACUUGCUUCUAAAACCAUGCUUCAUUUGAAACCAGGAGAUACUCGUAGCCAUGUGGAAGUCUGUCCCGAGGGUGGAAUCUUGGUAUGUGAUAUCGCAAAAAGGUUGAAACAAGAUGGCGGCUUUGCACUAAUUGCAGAUUAUGGACACGAUGGAGACAAAAUGGACACAUUCAGAGGAUUCAGAAAGCAUAAACUUCAUGAUGUUCUAGAAGAGCCUGGCACUGCUGACCUCACUGCUGAUGUUGACUUUGACUUCUUAGCCAGACAUGCAGGAGAUGGAGUGUCUAUAUAUGGACCAAUAAGCCAAGAAAUAUUCCUACACAACAUGGGAAUUGUAAGUAGACUACAAACCCUACUCAAGAAUGCCUCACCUACUCAACAGAAGGACUUACUCACAGGAUAUGACAUGUUAGCCAAUCCCCAGAAUAUGGGUGAAAGGUUUAAGUUCAUGGCCAUUAUGAAUGAACAGCCAGAUGACUACCUCCCUGCAGGGUUUGCUCUAUUGCAGUGAUCAUAUAAGAUUUAGGAAAUAUGCUGCAUUUGGAGAGUAAGGAGGGGUAUGGACAUGGUGUUAUCGAUGUAAUUCCAUGGAAGGGGAUCUUUGAGGCCCAUGAAUUUCUCAACUCUUUUUGAGUUAUAUAUUCCUUAUACCUCACAUUUUGGCCCAUAUAUCUUAUUUACACCUUAACCUAUGUGCCAGCUGUUGAAGCAAGAAAUGAAUUUUUGUCCAUAUGAUAUAUAUCUUUUAGACACACAAGGUGUAAUAUAGCAUUUACCUUACGUUUUGGGCCUCUUGUUUCUUAUGUUUUGGGGGUAUGGAUAUCUUACAUUGUAACUGAAGAUCUGUAAUGUUAUUAAACACAGCAACAAGUAUUAACCUUGGGUGCAUUUCUGCACCAUUUUUAGCUAUGAUGAUUCAGAAGUCCACUGUUGUAA